AUGGUUUCCUGUAACGGAGUCAUGAACGUUGUUACGGUGCAGUUGGUGCGCUUUUAUCAAUUAAAAGAAAUUUUAGUAUCAAAAGCUGGAUAUCGGAUCCUUGUUUUGGUAUUGAAUGGACUGGAAUCAGAUGCAAUAAAGGGCUUCCACGAUUUGUCCGGGAGGAAUCUGUCUGGAACUGUACCAAAAGGGAUGAGCCAAAUAACUGAAUUGAGAAGCAUUUCUCUUCAGAACAAUAAUUUAUCAGGAACAUUGCCAGACUUGUGCAGCUUAACCAAAUUGGAGAUAAUACGUCUUGAAAACAACUACUUGACAGGAAUCAUCCCAGAUUGUCUGUCACAAUUGAGUAACUUAAAACAACUGUACGUUUCAUAUUUUGCAGCAAUUUCAUGCUAG